UAAUUUGGACAAGAUGACGUUUGUUUUGAAACAUGUCUUGCCUUUUUUUGUUAGGGAGAACCUGUGAAAUUUAUUGACUGAGUUCUCUUGUGAAGUUACUUAGUCUGACAAUACUUUAAUAUUCAACAAUAUAUGAUAACAAGGGGCACCCGGAUUCAAUAAUGACGUGAGAAAUGCUAUUCUGUUAAUUUUCUCAAAGACGAGUGAAUUUCCUGAAGUUCAAAUAUAAUAAUUUAUCGGUUCUUCUCGUUUGGAAUCAAUUCUAUUAAUCAUCGUGAAUCUCUCAUGGAUCUUGUGUUUGUUUUAAGGCCCUUAAUGUUAACCACUUGACAGAUUCUGCACUUUGGACCGCGCAGUGGAAACACUAGUGACUUCAGAGUGGAGGGAGAUUGGUGAAUUAUUGACCUAGUAUUUUUUUUUCGUUUAAAAAAUUAGGUGACAUAACACAUGGCACGAGUUUAAGUAAAUAGGCAUUUUGCCAGGAACAGUCAGUACCUCGGGACCUGAGAGAGGCUAAUUUUACAUUCGGUGAAUGCGAUCGAGAUAUAUUCAUGUGUUACAUUGUCUCAGUUGGUAUUUUAUUGAUCUUAUUGAGGUGCCUGAAUGUUUUCGCGUUUUACUACAUACUCGCUUAUGUAAUGCAACUGAAGGCUCGAAAGGCGUUGCUGAUGGCGUUGGCGGAUGGAGACACUAUGGCAUUGAUCCAGGCGAAUUUUCAAGCUUCUUAAUGAGAACCUGCGAACGUCUGGUCUCGAUGGGUCGCUUUGUACCAUCACAACCAGCUGGGUUAUUAGCACGAAGUUACUACGAACUGUUAGAGAAUAAGCAACCAAUUUUAGGCAGCAGCACGGCUUGUGUAAUCGUGUUGAACAAAGAAACCAGCAGCAUUUAUGCUGCAAAUAUUGGUGACAGUGGAUUUGUUAUUGUAAGAAAAGGAGAAGUUGUUCAUCGUUCCUCCGAGCAACAGCAUUAUUUCAAUACUCCUUUUCAACUUUCUUUGCCACCACCAGGACACUCGGGACAUGUUUUAAGUGACAGUCCUGAAUCUGCUGAUACCUCGAGCUUUGGCGUUGAGGAUGGUGAUGUGAUACUGCUUGCAACUGAUGGUGUUUUUGAUAAUGUUCCUGAUCAGUUACUAGUCACGGAGAUGAGAAAAGUUGAGGGCGAGAGAGAUCCAACAAAAAUCCAAGGGGUGGCUAAUACGAUUGCUUGGAUGGCACGUAGUCUGGCUUUUGAUGGAGCCUUCAUGUCACCAUUUGCACAGAGUGCUAGAGAAAAUGGGAUUGAUGCUAUUGGUGGAAAACCAGAUGACAUCACGGUGCUCCUAGCCACAGUGGCCAUUUAAUAAGCUUGGAAGCCUGUACAAUAGAUAAUUAUCCGUUAAUUAUUAUUUCCCCGCCUUCACAGCCAUUCAUCAUUGUAUUAUACUUCAUUGUUCAUUUCAUACAUCAACUGGAAUAAAUAUUUUUUUCUUUCGCGGCGAUCUAGUUCUGAUCAACAUGCAAAAGAUCUGAAACUGUAAAAAAUUCUCUCAAGAUGAAAACUUUGAAUGAAAUUUAACAAACUCUCAUCCCCAUCGUUGAGACAUUCAUUUUCAUCAAUUUCUUUUUGUAUAUUUUUUGGUUGUUGUGUAUAAAAUUUUGUGUUCAGUUUAUUUAUACAUUUUAUCUUUUUUUGUCUUGAUCAAAACUAGUAACUGGAGUAGUUAAUAAAAGCUAAAAGUGUAUACUUUGAUUUGUGUAAAAAUGAAACCAGUGAAAAUUUGUUUUUAUUCUCGUGUGCGAAAUUUCUGUAAUUUGUAAUAUUUUUAUCACGAGGAAAAAAUUGAAAAAAUUACUUGAGAAAAUUUCA